AUGAAAACAAAGAAAUUGCUCAAUAAUAUAAGUACGACAAUAUGUUUACACGAAACAAAAAGAGAUAAAUAUGUUAGUGGUGCAUAUGGUGAUUCGAUUUCUAUUUGGGAAGAAAAACAAGUUACACGUAUACUUCAACUUCUUAUUCGUCAUCCACAUCUUCAUUUAAUUGAUAUUGGUGCAAAUAUUGGUACAUAUACAAUGUACGCAGCUAGUCUUGGUCGAUUUGUUUUAGCUAUUGAUUGUUUUGCUCCGAAUAUUAUUCGUCUUCGUCGAUCUAUACAACUAAUGAAUCUUUUUAAUCAAGUUGUUCUUAUUCAAAAUGCAAUUUUUAAUCAUUCCGGUCAAUCUUUACGAUUAUCUAUUGAUACGAGAAAUAUCGGAGGGCAAAGAAUACAUCUAUUAAAUAAUUAUUCUUACAAAUAUAAUUUAUCUACAAAAAAUCCAUAUAUUGUUAAAGCUAUAACAUUUAAUGAAGUUCUUCCAAUAUUAAAUGCAUAUGGUAUUCGUAGUGCAUUAAUGAAAAUUGAUAUUGAAGGAAGUGAACAUUUUGUUAUGGAAAAAGGCAAUCAAGUAUUUGAUACUUUAGAUAUUCCAUUUGUUCAAAUGGAAUGGACAAUAGUAAAACAAUAUAUUAAUCGUGUUAAAUUAAUUCUAGAUUUUUUUAAUAAACGUAAUUAUGAUCCAAUGACUGAUUUAUGUCAAAUAUUAAAUCAAAAUGAAUAUAGUCAAUGGCCAGAUGAUAUAUAUUGGUUAAAAAGAAAUACUCCCAAUUUUUGUUAA